AUGGCGGAACCUGGUCCUCUCCACCGGUUCUUCGCCCGGGCUGAUGAUGUCAGCAGCACAGGCAGUUCGGUGUCUGCAUUCCUGUCUACUCUGAUUCCCGCCCUGAUCGUGGCCGUGGUCAUGCUCAUCGGGUUCAUCCUCCUGCGCAAAUCUCAGCGCCGAACUUACAUGCCCGAACCUACAUUGGCUAUCUGCGCGACUGGCAAAAAACCCCCGACAGCCCUACCGGCACUUGGAACUGGAUUGUCUCUAUUCCUGCUGUUCGUUGGUUGCUGUAUCACCUGGCCCAUUCUGUUCCCCGUCAAUGCGACUGGCGGUGGUAGCGGAAAACAAUUCGAUCUUUUGAGUAUCUCCAAUAUCGGCGAGCAUGGUUACGCGCGCUUCUUUGCGCACAAUUUCGUUGCUUGGAUCUUCGUUUCUUUCGUCUUCUGGCUCAUCACCCGCGAGCACAUCUUCUAUAUCAACUUGCGCCAGGCUUACUUCUUCUCACCUGCCUAUGCUAACCGCAUCUCGUCCCGCACCGUUCUGUUCUCCGCCGUGACUGAGAACUACCUGAACAAGGACAAGAUCCGCGCCAUGUUCGGCCAGGAGAAGGUUCAAAACGUCUGGAUCGCCAGUGAUACUGCCGAGCUCGAGGAGAAGGUCAAGGAGCGUGAUGGCGCCGCCAUGAAGCUUGAGGCUGCUGAGACUAAGCUCAUUGUCAUGGCCAAUAAGGCUCGCAAUAAGGCCCUGAAGAAAGCUGCCAAGAAGGAAGGCACUCUUGAGGAUGCGAACGAGGGCGAGGAGUCCCUUGGCGAAUUCGAUGAUGAGUCGGGCUCUGUUGCCGCGAAGUGGGUUCAGGCCAAGGACCGCCCUACUCACCGUCUGAAAUUCCUUAUUGGCAAGAAGGUCGAUACUAUCAACUGGGCUCGGUCCGAGAUUGAGCGUCUCACUCCCGAAAUCGAGGAACUGCAAGCCAAGCACCGCACUGGCGAUUGUAAGCUCGUCUCGUCCGUCUUCGUCGAAUUCUACCGACAAGCCGACGCUCAGACUGCCUACCAAUCUGUCGCUCACAACCUGCCUCUGCACAUGACCCCUCGCUACAUCGGUCUCGAACCUACUCAGGUCAUCUGGGGCAACCUCCGUAUCAAGUGGUGGGAGCGUAUCAUUCGUCACAGUGCUACUCUCGCCUUUGUUUGUGCAAUGAUCAUAUUCUGGGCUAUCCCCACUGCUGUGGUCGGUGCCAUCUCCAACAUCAACUAUUUGGAGGACAAGGUCCAUUUCUUGCGAUUCAUCAACAACCUCCCCACUGUUCUUCUGGGUUUGAUCACCGGUCUUUUGCCCACUGUUCUGAUGUCUGUUCUGAUUGCGCUCGUGCCCAUCAUUCUACGAUUGAUGGCCAAGUUAGGUGGUGCUUCCUGCUCUGCUGAGGUUGAGUUGACUACUCAAAACUGGUUCUUCGCUUUCCAGAUCAUUCAAGUUUUCCUGGUCGUCACCAUUGCCUCUGCCGCCACCAGUGUCGUCACCCAGAUUAUCAACAACCCCUCGUCUGCCGCUACCUUGCUCUCUCAGAAGAUUCCCAGGGCCGCCAAUUUCUACAUCUCAUACAUCGUCUUGCAGGGCUUGUCUUUCAGCGCCGGUGCUCUCCUGCAGAUUGCUGGUCUCAUCGUCGGCAAGAUUCUGGGCAAGUUCCUGGACAAAACUCCCCGUAAGAUGUACAGUCGCUGGUCUAGCCUCGCUGGUCUCGGCUGGGGUACCGUUUACCCUUCCAUCACUCUUUUGACUGUCAUUGGUAUUAUCUACUCCUGCAUUGCCCCUCUUGUCAUGGGCUUCGGUACCAUUGGCAUUUACCUCUUCUACUUCGCCUAUCGCUACAACCUGCUGUACGUGUCGAACGCCACUAUUGACACCCAGGGUAAGGCCUAUGUCCGUGCUCUGCAGCACCUCACUGUGGGCUGCUACCUGCUCAUGAUCUGCCUGAUCGGUCUGUUCGCCAUGGGCUCCGGUGCCUCCUCCAUCGCUGUCGGACCUCUGGUCCUUAUGAUCAUCUUCUUGAUCUUCGUCAUCCUGUACCACAUCUCGAUGAACAGCGCCAUGGAGCCCCUGAUCCACUACCUCCCCAAGAACAUGGAGCACGAGGAGGAAUCUCUUUUGGCUGAAGAGCGCCUUAAGCUCUCCAGUGACGAGAAGUCCACCACCGGCACCAGCACCGCCAACAAUGGCGUCACGAGCAUUGACAGCGGCGUCGGCAAUGUUGACUCCGCCGAGGUCGAAAAGGGUCUUACCCACACUGCCAUGCCCCCUGCACACUCCAAGCCCAACUUCUUCAUGAAGUUCCUGCGGCCAGACAUCUACCACGACUACGCUACCCUGCGCCGUCUGGUCCCCUCCGCGCUGGAAGUCGUCCCUUACAGUGAAGAAGCCGAGCGCGACGCCUACUGCCACCCGGCCAUCACCUCGCAGGCCCCUCUUCUCUGGAUUCCCCGCGAUCCCCUUGGCAUCUCCCGCCAGGAGGUUGCGCACACUUCGCGCGUGAUUCCCAUCACCGAUGAAGACGCCUUCCUCGACGAGAACGCCAAGAUUACCUGGAACGUCGACAAGGGCGAGCCUCCUAUCUACCAGGAGAAAAUCUACUACUAA